UACAACAUACGUACAAGCGUUAUUUUGCUUUGUUAAAGUAACGCUACCCUGUAGUAAUUUAGAUGACUACAGCCAGCCUAGCAGCCUAAUUUAUUGGUUGUUGCUGUACAAGCACCCGGUGUUGCAUUGUUGACGUUAGCCGGGAUAGUUAAGGUUUUUUUUUUUUAGGUCGCGCAAAGAGUUUUAUUUCUAACUUUCAUUGGUAGCUUGUGUGUGGUGAAUGUGUAACGUGUGGAUAAAUAGUGACCUGUCCGACUGAGAAAACACAGAACCAGUAAGCCUGAGCAUAAUGCUGGAGUGCGGGAUGCUGGAGCGGGACAGACUCGCUCUUCGGAAGCGCUCUGCGGUCCUCUGCAAAGAAAUGGUGGUGGACGAGUUGUUUGUUCAGUCGCUGCAGGCAGACGACAUUCUCACUGAAAACAUGGCAGAGAGUAUACUGGCUGAGCAGACCUCUCAGAAGCGUAACUGGCGUCUGCUCUUCCUCCUGCCCAAACGCGGCCCCAGAGCCUUCAGGAGUUUCUGCUCAGCUCUCAGAGACACCGAGCAGCACCACCUGUGUGCCCUGCUCACACAGUCACCAGAGAAAGAUGGCAGAGAGCGGCAUGUCGAGUCUGUAACAGAGCCAGAGAGAGAGGCAGGGCGACUUUGCAUGCAGACACCAGAGAAGAAGAGAGAGAGGUCUGUGAACUCGUCCCUCCCACUUCCCACACAAGAAGUAAUUGCAGCCAAGAGAGUGAGGACACAUGAGUCCAUGGAGAUGAGUCUAGAUGCAGAUAGUCCUAUCACCACUCCUGUGCUUCCCUGCACUCAUGACUUCUACCUCUCUCACAGCCAGCAGUCAUACAAAAUGGGCUCAUCCCCACGUGGCUUUGCCUUGGUCAUCAGUAAUGUGACCUUUGACCCUUGUGCUGCCCCUGACCUCGACCCUAGGAAGGGUGGCGAGGUGGAUGAAGAGGUCCUCAGGAAAGUCUUCACAGAGUUGGACUACUUAGUCACUGUCCGCAGAGACCUCACUGCUCAGGGCAUGCGGAUGCAUAUCGAGCAGUUUAGCCGACAGCCAGAACACCGGACAGUGGACAGCUGUGUGGUGUGUCUGCUCUCCCAUGGAGUGGAAGGAGCGAUAUAUGGCACAGAUGGGCAGCUGCUGCAGCUGGACUGGGUGUUCGAGGCCUUUGAUAAUGCCCACUGUCCACUGCUGCAGAACAAACCCAAGAUGUUUUUCAUCCAGGCCUGCAGAGGAGAGGAGAUGGACUGUGGAGUGGAGCAGGUAGAUGGACCAGAGAGGACUUCUUCUCCUAGCUGUGAACAGCGGGAUGCAGGAAGAGAGGGAGAGGGCGAUGCAAACUCCAGACAAACAGGAGAGAUGGGAAGGCCCAGGAUUAAACUACCACAGCGCUCUGACAUGAUCUGUGGCUUUGCAUCGCUCAAAGGUCAGAAACUCUGCACUGCAGCCAUGAGGAACACUAAGAGAGGAUCCUGGUUUAUCCAGGAGCUCAACACAGCACUCCGUCUCCGAGCCAGGGACACACACCUCGCAGACAUCAUGGUCCAGGUGAACAGAUGUAUCAAGGAGAGGGAGGGAUACGCCCCUGGCACUGCCCACCAUCGCUGCAAAGAGAUGUCUGAGUUCACCAGCUCUCUGUGCAAAGACCUCUACCUGUUUCCCAAGUACCACCCCCAGUAUUGACAUGCAAAUAUGCACACAGAAACACACACAGACCAUUCCUUGCAUUCAAGCCUUUCUUCACGACAGGCACACACUCGUCUAUUCCGCUCCAAUUACUGCCACACACAGACACACACACACACCCUGUUACAACUCCACACGCUUGUGUCCAAACAGAGGAUUUAUUCAUUCACAUUUGCUGUGCAAAUACUGCCCCCCCUAAAACCGAUACACAUGCAUACGUUCAUAGAAAUCAUGGAAGGAAAAUGAAGAAAAUGAAGUCCAGCCGGCUACUUAAAUGACUAUUGUUUUUGUGUGUGUGUGUGUGUGUGUGUGUGUGUGUGUGUGUGUGUGUCGGAGCCAACAGAGCUCACAUCACAAAAUGCUUCUGUUGUUAUUGUAAACACGGCACGUCCCCCUGCCCCCCUGCGCUGGCUGGCUACUCGUUUCUCCUGGCUGGCUAGUCUGUGCCUUAGCGGAAAGCCCUGAGCAAGCUUGGAAAAAGACAAUGUAUUUGCAUACAAUUUAUUACCUAAGUGUAUCCAUCUGUUUCUAUAUCUAUGCCAGUUAUGGGGUUUUAAAGAUGAUCCUACUAACACACAGAAUCUUAUUUUUUGUGAGCAGGGGCUUUUUAUUUCGUAUUGCACAGCUACUUUGAGGUUUUAAGAGUCUCUUUUUGUAAAAAAAAAAAAAAAGUAUUCUAUACACAGAUCUAUUUUUGUUGCUUUAUUUUGUAUCAAAUUGUUUUUAUAUGAAUUUUUAAGCCCGUUCCCUUUUUGUACAUACUGUUUAUUCUAACUUGUGACCAUUUUUUUGUUGACUGGUGUAGUGACAGGCAGGGGGCAGUAUAGAAUGAUGAGGUUAAUGCAGCUGAGGUAAAUGCAUUUCACCAUCUCUGUCAUAACAUUUUUCAUAACUGUUCAAAUGACAUUUACUGUCUUGAUUAGUCAGCCAUUACUCGACAGCUGUAGUCAAUCACAUUUAUUAUUUAAAAGUAAAGUUAUUGCUGCAAGUUUAAAACUACUUCCAUUGGAAUAGUUCACAAUUAUUUUUCACAUAUCUCUUACCUCAUGGAGAGGAGCAAUACCUAAGCGGCAGCUUCAAAUCAAAAUCUUUACAAGUGUUUCAGUCCAUGUUUUUUGGGAUUGGUGUUCAUUUUGGGAAAAUUCUGCUUUUUAACCGUAAAUUGCACGAUAGCAGCCACUGAUAGCUUUUAAGUUUCUUUUCAUAUCAGUUGUUACUGUAGAUCUGGCCCUCCCACAGUGGUGGUCUGCCAUGGGAAUGUGGUGCUACUUUUGAGGUCAUGCACCUACAGUAUGAACUCUGACCUUUAUGCUAACUCUGACUCCUAAUAGUAUUUCUCCCUAUGUGGGGACCCCACACUUUUAGUUAGUCCCCCCCACUGUAUUUUUGUGUUGGUGGUUUUGCUGUAUGAAAUACAGUGAUGAUAAAACGUCUGUUUCUGAUGUCUUCCUAUAGUAUAAACAAUACGCAGUUUUCUACAGCAGCCUGUGCCAUGAGUGAAUGAUCUGUUAGAUAGAUUUAUGACCAUUGUGGUGCAUUUACAGUAUACUGUAUAGCUUUGAGAGUCACCCCCCCCCACACACACACACAUGCACACACAGCCUUGAGGAAAAAUUUUCAAGGCUGUAUGGGCAUUGACGUUUCCAGAAAAACCCUGACCAGGCAAGUGUGUUUUGUUACAACAGUGUUGUAGUGACGAAAAGAUGAUAUGGUCAAAAACAGUAUUGAUUGUUCACCAUCUGUAAACAAUAAAGCAUGUGCUUGUACGCUGUGCAUGAAGGACUUCUGGUAGACUUUACCUUGAUAUUAGAUCUGCUUACUCCUCUUGAUUUUGAUGAUAAUGGAGGAUAAUGUAAAACCAACACUGGACAAUAUCAAAGUGUAACUCUUACUAGACUGAAGGGUCAGGUUCACUGCCAAGUUAUGGUGAGGCGGAGAAAGGCUUUAUUUCUGUUUAUCACAAUGACUGCCAAAUGUUGUUCUUUACAAUAAACAGCUCAUGGUUUUUUAAUCAA